AAGUGGACAGAUUAGUCAGCAUAUCGGCGAUGCAGGGCCCACGGAAGACCCCCCGCGCCUUACGCUCGCGCUUUAGCGGGGAUUGCACUGGAAAAGGCGCCUUAGCGGCAGGCGCUUGCCGGGAAGCCCAGGGCGCGUGCGCGGGGGCCGGCGGCGCCAAAUUUAGCGGGGAGAGAGGGAGGGGCCGAGCUUUUGUUUGAUGGAAUCUGUUUACUCUUUUUUUUUUUUUUUUGUACGCUUUAAUCUCAACCUGCUUCCUGCUCCCUAGGAACACACUUGAAGCUGAACACUUGCUGCAGCGAGCACUCCUUCCGCACCUUGGGGAUGAUGGCUAGGCGGCCAAGGCACAGUGUUUACAGCAGUGAUGAGGAUGAUGAAGAAAUUGAAAUGUAUGAUCAUGACUAUGAUGGGCCUUUGCCAAAAUCAGGGAAAAGACAUUUAGGAAAAACUAGAUGGACCAGAGAAGAAGAUGAAAAAUUAAAAAAACUUGUUGAGCACCAUGGAACAGAAGACUGGAAAGUGAUUGCUAACUUUCUUGCUAACCGGACAGAUGUGCAGUGCCAACACCGGUGGCAGAAGGUUUUAAACCCAGAACUUAUUAAAGGGCCAUGGACAAAAGAAGAAGAUCAAAGGGUUAUUGAGCUGGUUCAGAAAUAUGGCCCCAAACGGUGGUCUGUUAUUGCAAAGCACUUAAAAGGAAGAAUUGGUAAGCAGUGCCGGGAGAGGUGGCAUAAUCAUCUAAAUCCAGAAGUUAAAAAAACUUCCUGGACAGAAGAAGAGGACAAAAUAAUUUAUCAAGCACACAAGAGACUGGGCAACAGAUGGGCAGAAAUUGCGAAACUACUCCCUGGAAGGACAGAUAAUGCUAUCAAGAACCACUGGAAUUCUACAAUGCGUCGCAAGGUUGAACAAGAAGGUUAUCUCCAGCACUCCCCCAAAGCAGGCCAGCCAGCCCUAGCCACAAAUUAUUCAAAGGCUAACCACAUAAUGGGCUUCGCCCAUUCUCCUUCACCAACUCAGAUACAAACAACACAACCCACACUGAGUGGAGACUAUCAGUACUACCACAUCCCAGAAACGCAAAAUAUUGCUGCUCAGCUUCCUUUUCCUGUAGCUCUACAUGUGAAUAUACUGAACAUUUCCCAGUCCGCCAACGGAACUUCAUCUAUUCAGAGACACUAUAAUGAGGAAGAUCCUGACAAAGAGAAAAGAAUAAAGGAAUUAGAGUUGCUACUUAUGUCAACUGAGAAUGAACUGAGAGGGCAGCAAGCAUUACCAAAUCAGGUGCCAAACUACCCAGGAUGGAGUGGACCCCACAUAGCUGGUAGCACAGUGCCACAUCGGGAGACUGUUGCUAUUUCCUGCUUGCCAGAGCAGCCACAGUCCUGUGCGCCUCCGACGCCAAUAGACCACAGCUGUGCCUCGGAAGAGAGCGUCUCUCCGGCGCAGAGCAUGGUGGGAAGUCAGAAUAAUGUUUUGUCCCCUCUCCCUGAAUACACAGAAACACUUCAGCUAAUCGAUUCAGAUCCAUCCACGUGGGGCAACCUCAACAGUUUUGAACUACUUGAAGGUGCAGAUGCUUCGUCUUGCAAAUCACCGGAAGCCAAAUGUACAGAGCUUCAGCAAACAGAAACUGGGGGGUGUGAGGGUAGCAGGAAUACUAAAGCACUCUCACGAGAAAAGAGUCUGUGUCAGGGAUCUCCUGCUUCACCAGAGUCUCUGUCAGCCUCAAAGUUCAGUGACUCCCCCUCAGUCACCCUUCGAAAACGGAAAAGAAAUGCCAGUCUGUCAGCCACUUGUGAAGUGCUGGUAGACCUCGCCUGCUCAACUCCCAAGCGUUCCCCUGUCAAAAGCCUGCCCUUCUCACCUUCUCAGUUUUUUAACACUUCUUCAAAUCAAGAAAACCUUGAGAUGGACACCCCGGCGUUAACCUCCACUCCCGUCUGUGCUCAGAAAACUUUGACAAAUACUACAUUGCACAGGGAUCACACGCCUAAACCUCAGAAAGAGAAUGAUGUCUUUAGAACUCCAAAUAUCAGGCGAUCAAUCAUGGAGACAUCACCAAGGACCCCGACCCCUUUCAAGACUGCACUUGCUUUACAAGAAAUUAAAUAUGGCCCGUUAAAAAUGCUGCCUCAAACUCCACAUCUUGAACAAGACUUGGAAGAAGUAAUCAAGCAAGAAACUGAUGAAUCAGGAAUUUCUGCAUGUUUACAUGAAGAGGAACAUCAAAUUUUAAAGAAAAUCAAACAAGAGGUGGAAUCUCCUAGUGAAAGGAUACGAAACAUUUUUCAUUGGGAAGGGACAAGUCUCAACACUCAACUUUUUACACAAAGCAGUUCUUUGGACGAUGCACCAGUAUGUAAUAUUCUCACAAGUUCAGUGUUAAUGAUGCCGGUGGUCAACAAAAGCGAAGACAAUCUCAUUAAAGCUCUUAAUGUGCCUCGAAGACCUAUGGGAAGCCCUUUACAGCAGUUCGGUGCGUGGGAAGCAGUGGCAUGUGGGAAGACUGAAGAUCAAAUCCAUGUAACUGAGCAGGCGCACAAGUACAUUAACACAUUCUCAGCCAGGACGUUAGUCAUGUAGAGGUUUCAUACUAAGCAUUACUUUAAAAGAAAAAAAAAUGCAAGAGAACCAAAACACUUCACGUUGAUUUCAAUCAACAUUCCCUCUACAUGAAGACGGGGAGCCUAUUUGUUGUGGUACAACAGUUGGGAGCAGGCAUAUUUUGGUUUGCCAUUAUGCAUACACUUGUUGGAUUUCAACCAACCAAAGAGAACUUUAAAAAAAAAAAAAAAAAAAAAAAAAGACAAGCGUACCUGAAUUAUAGGAAGGUUUGAAAAAUAUUUUCAUAAAUGUUUUUAUAAUAUAAAAGAACAACCUGCAUAAUUUAUUUUUUUUAAGAUUGUUUUUUAAUUGGCAAAACAAGCAGUGUUUGAGGCCAGUAUUCAUUUUUUUAAUUGUUCUUCUGUUGCUGCAAGAGUUGUGGGAGGAACAGAUGUACAGAAUAACAGUAUACACUUACUGCACUGAUGGGAAGUAUUCUGUUGAAGCAUUAUUAAGAAAAAUAAGCAAUGAUAAUCAAAAUUCUAAAUAUUUAGGAGACAAUCCUGUUAAAAGUGUUUUUUGGGUUUGUGUGUGUGUUUUUUUUUUUUUUUGGUGUCAUAACAAAUUUUAAUGAAAAAAAAUUAGCUUGUCUGAAAAUACUGUAUGAAAUAUAGUUUUAUUUGAACAAAUGUAUUAUAUUAUCUAAUUUAAUUUUUUUUUGUUGUAAAUGCCAAAUGGAAGAGGGAGGGGGUCCUUUGCUGCUACAAGAUUUAGCAUGUGGACUGUUUUCGUCAAAGGAGAGUAAAGCUUUACUAAAUUGGCGAAUGCUGCACCAGCAUUUUGAAGGUGAUUCUUUGUAAACACUUCUUGGGAGAUAACAGGGUCUUGCACCUUGACAAUUAGGGAAACACUUUUUUUGGUCAUAUUCUGUGUCUAUGCAUUUAACUUUUUGUCCUUUUUUUUUUUUUUAUUUUUACAAGAAAACUGCCGUAGCAAAUAUCUGACAAAGAACACUUGGCAUAGAAAAAUGUAAUAAACCUUUCUGCCUUUUUUUUUUUUUUUUUUUUUUUUUAUAAACUUGCUUAUGGUGCAACUUACCUGCACUUAUGUUUCAUACUUUUUAUACUUAAACUGCCUUGUAAAUAAUGUGUGCUUGAGUUUGUUUUUAUAAAAUAUCUGUCAUUUUAUAUGGUGUUUUUCUUUUUUAAAUAAAAACUGUAUUUAAUUCAUGUAUGGUAA